GUUUCAGUCAAAUCGAAGCAGCUGCUUGUGACAAGAGUUUCUCCCGAGGCUCCCCACGGAGGGUCACCUAUCUUCUGGAACUGGAGAGAUGAUAGCCUUGAUUUACUUCUUUGUCUUGCUGUGGGAUGAGACUCGGGAAUGGGGAUUCAAGGACGGAAUCUUUCACAACUCCAUUUGGCUGGAACAAGCCGCGGGAGUCUACCACCGGGAAGCCCGGACCGGAAAAUACAAGCUGACCUAUGCCGAGGCCAAGGCGGUUUGUGAAUUCGAAGGGGGUCAUCUUGCCACCUAUCAGCAACUGGAAGCAGCCAGGAAAAUAGGAUUCCAUGUCUGUGCUGCUGGGUGGAUGGCUAAGGGCAGAGUAGGGUAUCCCAUUGUGAAAGCCGGACCCAACUGUGGAUUUGGAAAAACCGGCAUCAUCGACUAUGGAUUUCGCCUCAACCGGAGCGAGAGAUGGGACGCUUAUUGCUUCAACCCUCACGCAAAAGAGUGUGGGGGCAUCUUCACAGAUCCAAAGCGCAUCAUUAAAUCCCCAGGCUUCCCGAAUGAAUAUGAAGAUGAUCAAAUCUGCUACUGGCAUAUCAGGCUGAAAUACGGCCAGCGCAUUCUCCUGAGCUUCCUGGACUUUGAUCUUGAAGACGACACCUCUUGCCUGGCCGACUAUUUAGAAAUAUACGACAGCUACGAUGACGUUCACGGCUUUAUGGGCAGAUUCUGUGGCGAUGCCCUUCCCGAAGACAUCGUUAGUACAGGAAACGUCAUGACCUUGAAAUUUUUAUCAGACGCUUCAGUGACAGCGGGAGGCUUCCAACUCAAAUACGUUGCCGUGGAUCCCGUAUCCAAACCCAGCGACGGCAAGAACUCCAGCACGACUUCCCAAGGAAGUAAAAACUUUCUCCCUGGAAAAUUCGGCCAUUUGUAGGCCAACAGAUCACGGCCCAAAAAAGACACUGAGGAAACGUAAAAGAGACCUAGCUAUUAAGCUUCUUUCUUUUGUUUGGAAGCCUUUUCGGACCUCAAUUUCAAAUAGGAAAAAGGCAGAGUUGUUGUCUGUGUGGAGAGAGGGGACAUUCAUAUGCCGCCUCUGCUUCAACCACUGGACCGCUUGUGUGUAUUUGUGUGGACUGUUAUUCUGACGGAUGAAAAUGCAAAUUCGGACGAAUAUAAUUAGGAAACCCUUCAAGAGGCAAGCCAAAUUAUGGGUCAGAAGCCAAUGAAACUGAGAGACUUGAUGCAGGAUUGAGAGAUUUAUUCUAUUGGGCAUUUCCUGGGUGGUAAAGCCCCCAAAUAUAUUUUCAUAGAAUCUGGGGGGUGCCUUAAUAAAUAUAUAGUACUGA